CUAAACCCUUAACAACCCACCGCAAAUCUGGAUUCACAUCUCCUUCCCUCAUUCCACCAAAAUGUGGAAGCACAAAACCCUAACCUUCAAACCCAAUUCACUGUUCCAUUCAAUCCUUCAAACAAGACCCAUGUCACAGUCCACCUCCAUACCCAAGAAGCUCCAGCGCGUGCGCGACCACGGCUACGACAACUACAUGGAAGUCGAGAAGAAAACCCGGAAAGUCCUCAAGUUCCAAGCCCUGAUCCUCUCUCACCCCUCCUCCAUCCUCUCCGUCUCCCGCCUCGAAGCCCUCGCCCAGCGCGGCCUCGGCCUCAAGCAGCUCGAAGCCGGCCGGUUCAUCCUCAAGUUCCCCCACGUCUUCGAGAUCUUCGAGCACCCGGUCCAGAGAAUCCUCUACUGCCGGCUAACCCGGAAAGCCCAGCUCCAGAUUGAUCAAGAAAACCAAGCCCUCCUUGCCCAAGUACCCGAUGCCGUGACCCGUCUCAGGAAGCUCUUGAUGCUGUCCAACACCGGCCGGCUUCCGCUUGAGCACGUUAGGAUUGCAAGAAAAGACUUUGGGCUUCCGGAUGACUUCGAAUUCUCGGUAAUCCUCAAGUACCCGGAGUUUUUUCGAUUGUUUGAUGCUAAGGAGAGUAGGAGUAAGUACAUUGAGGUUGUGGAUAGAGAUAAGAAGCUUGCCGUGUGUGCUAUAGAGAGACUUAGGGAGAAGGAGUAUAGGGAGAAAGGAAUAGAUGCUGAGAAUAUUAGGUUUUCGUUUAUUGUGAAUUUCCCACCCGGGUUUAAGAUUGGGAAGUAUUACAAGAUUGCUGUGUGGAAGUGGCAGCGGCUUCCGUACUGGUCGCCUUAUGAUGAUAUCUCGGGGUAUGAUUUGAGGUCACUGGAGGCGCAGAAGCGGAUGGAGAAGAGGGCUGUGGCGAUGGUUCACGAAUUGGUGUCGUUGACUGUGGAGAAGAAGAUUACUUUAGAGAGGAUUGCACAUUUUCGGUUGCCGAUGGAUUUGCCGAAGAAGCUCAAGGAUUUCCUUCUUCAACACCAGGGGAUAUUUUAUAUAUCGACCAGGGGUAAUCAUGGGAAGCUUCACACGGUUUUUCUCAGGGAGGCUUAUAAGAAGGGGGAGUUGAUAGAACCGAAUGCUUUGUAUUUGGCUAGGAGAAAGCUUGCUGAGUUGGUUUUGCUGAGUCCUAGGAAGGUUAAUGUCGAUAGAGAACUGGUCAGUUACAGGAGGGGCGGAGAAACUGAAGAAAUGGGGAACGUUAGUAGAGCCCUUGAGACUGAAGAGAACGAUAGACAAGAUGCAGAGAGGGGAGAAAAGUUGCAAUCAGAGUUUGAUUGUGAUGACGAUUGUGAUUAUACCGAUGAGGAUGAUGAUAGUGAGGAGGUUGAGGGUGCAGGGGCUACUUGUGCGAUGAGUGACUGAGAUGAGAUAGCCUCUUGGAUAGUGACUAUGAAGUAUGUAUGCACGUUCUUGAACGGGAUAUGCUUUCUGCCCGGGGUCUCUGUUUUUCAAUCCUAGAAAGCAGUAAAGAAUACUUGUUUAGAGAACCUUGCAUCUUGUUCGUCAUCCUAAUUGUGAAGGUUAUCGAAAAACGGAUAGGCUAAUGCGAUAAGGCUGGCAUCCCAGCAAGAAGGUAUCCCUUCCUCCUAAAGAUUUGUAAGUUGAUCUCUUUCAUAGGUGAAUCAACUGGGCACGACCAUAUGAAUUGUGGUUCUUAUUUGAUGCCUCACUCAAAAUUGAUCUAGUUGGUUAUCCAAUUACAGGACCUAGAGUUAGGAUCCACAAACGAAUGCUAAUUCUCUUGAAAACGUCACAGGGUUAGCUCAUUUUCUGAACCAUUUCAUCUUCUCUGAUAUGAGAUCAUACUAGAAAACCUUAAAUGUCUUUGAUAAAGGAGGUUGCGGAGUUAUCGUGUUAGGGUCUGAUGAAGUUGGAUUCCAAAUAUAUAGGUUGACUGCUAGCUAAACUCCCCAAGAUGUGAAUUAGUUUGUAAGAUGCACAAAAGAAGAUCGGAAUAGCUGAUCAAGAAGUAAAUGAGAUCUGCAGUAUCUUGUGAGGUGGUGAACGGUGUUUACUAGAUGGUGACUCAGAUUGAUGUACAUAUGUUGCUUCGCUUGCUUUAUUGUUUGAUCUGUUUAACGGAAUAAAUGGAAACAGUUGUGACAAAGAAUACAGAAGAAACAGUGUUACCUUCAUUGAAUUUGGGCAAUUUUUUUUCUUUUAAUGUAUCUUUCAGCAUGUGUUCUGAGAGUUCUUGGAAUUUAUUUUGUAAUAACUAAUAAGGUAUUACUAUUCUUUUCAAUAUUGAUUGUAUCAAACUUUCAAUCAUUUGAAUGAAAAUUCUUAUGUAUAUUCCCUA